AUGUCUUUUACUUCAUUUAUCAAACCAGAAUCUGACCCAAACAUCAUUGUUCCAACCAAACCAUUCAACUUAUCGCCAAAUAUCGUUGAAAGAUUUUCCCUUAAAGAUAAAGUCACUGUUAUCACUGGUGGGGCCGGUGCUAUUGGUGGUGCCAUUGCUGAAGGUUAUGCUCAAGCUGGUGGUCAUGUUAUUUUAUUGGAUUAUGCUGAUAACGACAAUGGAUUAAGUGCCAGAUUAGCUAAGACUUAUGGUAUCAAGUCCAAAUUUAUUAAAAUUGAUGUCACUGAUGCUAAACACGUUGAACAAGUUAUUAACCAAAUUGAUGAAGAAUUUGGUACUAUUGAUGUUUUUGUUGCCAAUGCUGGUAUCGCUUGGUACACUGGUUCUAUCUUAAACCAAGAUUCCACCCCAGAAAGUUGGAGACGUGUUUUUGAUGUUAAUGUCAAUGGUGUCUUUUACUGUGCCAAAUAUGCUGGUCAAAUUUUCAAAAGAAACGGUAAAGGUUCAUUCAUUAUCACUGCUUCUAUGUCUGCUCACAUCAACAAUGUUCCAAACUAUCAAACUUGUUAUAACUCUGCCAAAGCUGCUGUCAUGCACAUGGCUAAAGGUUUAGCUGUUGAAUUUGCUGGUUUCGCCAGAGUCAACUCUGUUUCCCCAGGUUACACCAACACCUUGUUGUCUGAACCAAUUCCAAAACCACAAAGAGCCAAAUGGUGGGGUUUGACUCCUAUGGGUAGAGAAGCUGAAACUGAUGAAUUGGUUGGUGCCUAUCUUUACUUGGCCAGUGAUGCCUCUUCAUUCACUACUGGUUCUGAUAUUAGAGUUGAUGGUGGUUACUGUUGUGUAUAA